UACAACAAUGACUUGCUGCGUGUGAAGGCUUAAGAAAACCUUAUUUAAAAUGUUCAAUAUACUCAAGGGUUUUGAUGCUCAAGCAGCAUCAAACUAUAUCAACCCCUAUGCUGUGGAUGUAAUUAGGGCAAAGAGAAGGGAUCUAGUUUAUGGGAUCUCACAUACUGAGGAUCUACUGGAUCUUCUCGUCACAGAGGGGGUCAUGACAGCAGCAAAGAGAUCCAUCAUCUUGACCAUUAGGACUCGCACAGAUCAAAACUCCAGGGUCCUGGACAUCCUGGAGGCCAGAGGUGAAAGGGCAUGUCGGAAAUUCUUCCAUCCGUGUCUUAUGCUGGCAGAACCCGACCUCUAUCGGCGAAUCAAGACCUAUGUGUGUGGUGUGAAUGAACGUAUUCGAGACACAAGGAGACAGCUGAUUGGAUAUUUGCUGGAGAGGGACCAGGAGGGGAUGGAUAAAGUUACUGAUAGAAUUGUCACUCAGAAGACUCAUACUUUAUUUGCCACCAAAGAAACUAAGAAAUCUAGCCCUGAAAAGGAAGACAGAAGCACUGUGUCAAAAUCAGAGGAGCAUAAACCAGCACAAAGUAAAUCAGAUAAUUUCAUCCACAUGAUUGCUGCAGAUGGAGAGCUAGUACUGCUGGAGGAGCUGUUAGAAGACACUGAUAUUAACAUUGUGAAUUCCUCCAAUGAGACUCUGUUACAUAUAGCUGCUGAGUUUGGUCACCUGUCCAUCAUUGAGCUCUUGAUCCGUGAAGGAGCCAGACUGGACCUGCAGGAUAUUAAGGGUCACACAGCUCUUCAUAGAGCAGCCAGCAAGGGUCACACUGAGGCAGUCAGGGCUCUCAUACAGGCUGAGGCACCCAUCUACACUCAGGAUCUACAAGGCAAAACCCCCGUUCACCUGGCAGCGGAAAAUGAGCAUCUGAAUUCUGUGAAAGUCCUGGUGAAGGAGGAGAACAAACGGUCUGAGAGCUACAUGCAGGACAUGUUUCUUCACACGGCAACCAUGGAAGAUAACUGGAGGCUGGCUGAGAUGCUGCUGCAGAGCGGGGCCAGAGUCGAUGCCAGAAACAACCAUAAACAAACAGCUCUGUUUUAUGCAGUUUCCAGGAAUAAUGAGAAAACAGUGACAGUCCUUCUAAACGCAGGGGCUAAAGUUGACUGUGAUGUAAUAAAUGAAGCUCUUAAGCUCAAUGAAGAAUCAAUUCUCCGUCUGCUGCUUGAUAAUGUCAGAGCUCUGAGUGAAGAAGCGCUGGGCUCUGCUCUCUUCUCGGCUGUUAAACAGAACGAUGAUGGAGUUGUAACCGUUCUCAUAGACAGCGGAGCAAAUGUGAACAUGUUAGACAAACAGGGGUACACUCCUCUCCUGUUGUCAGCUGAGCUGGGGCACACUGAAGUCUUCCGAGUGCUAGUGGCAAAACAGGCCAAACUGGAUGCUACUUUAUCCGACCUCUCCUCAGCGUUGCACCUGGCUGUCCACAGUGGCAGUGUGCCCAUAGUGCAGACGUUGCUGGAAAGGGGAUUAGACCCCAACAUUACUGGACCUAAAGCCCAAACCCCUCUACACCUGGCAGCUCAGUGCAAUAGGCCAGAAUUUGUUGAUCUGUUGCUAAGAGCUGGAGCACAGGUAAAUGCAGUAGCCCAGGAUGGACUGACCCCUCUGCAUAUAGCCAGUCAGCAGGGCCAUGCAGACCCAGUGAUCCAGAUUCUUCAAGGCAAGGCAGACCCAGGAGUCAAAGACAGGGUAGGGAGGACAGCCUUGCACUGGGCAGCCUCUUCCAAGGGAGAAAGCUGUGUGGUAGACUUGCUGCUGUCGGCCAAAGCCAACCCAAACACCACUGAUAACGAGAAAAAAACUGCCCUCCACCUAGCUGCUGAGGAGGGGAAAGUAGAUGCUGUGACUUCACUAUUGUCCCACAAGGCAAAGGGAGGGGCUAAAGACAUGGAUGGCUCCACACCUCUCCAUUACGCAGCCGCUGGUGGGCAUGCCAGCGUGGUUUCAGCUCUUCUACAGUUACUCAACAACAAGGGGAUAGAGGAGAGGAAUGCAUGGAGGAAAACGCCACUUCAUGCUGCAGCUGAGAAGGGCCACGAUAGUGUAGCUGUGCUACUCCUGGAGGCCGGGGCAAAGAUCAACAGCACCGAUCACAGCAAAGACACUCCUCUGCACUGUGCUGCACGAGGUGGACACCAGGAGGUAGUAAAGAGGCUUGUAAACUGGGGCCAAGCUGGGCACACGGGACGGCAGAAGAAGGUGAAUCUGCAGGCUACCAAUAAUGUGGGGAAGACACCACUGCAGGUGGCAGAGAGUGGAGACACACCAGAGCAUGAGAACGUUGCAACUUUACUCAUGAGAAAGAUGUUUCUUAUCAAAUAAAAGGGGAGACGUUGAGAGAGCAAACAACAGGAAGUGCAAAUAUAGCUCAAUGAUAUUAUUACCUUUUAUCUAUCAAUAUGUUCAGGAACUCAAAUCACUGAUGAAACCAUAUCUCAACCCUUGCAUCACAUCUUGUGGAAGUUGUUGGAGUCUUUUUUUUUGUAUGACUUAUUGAUAGAAACAAAAAAUGAAUACAGAAACAAAAGCAUGAAGUAGUGUAAUUCUUGUUUAGACAUUAGAAUAGACUUCAAAGGCUUGUUGUUGGGCUUUUAUCUUUGGUAAUGAAGCAAAUACUCCUCAAUCAGAAAAUGCUAUGUCACAAUAAUGGGUUGAAACACUUUCACUCAAACAUGGUCUAAAGUAUAAUGUUAUUAUGUAAAACAUGUUUUGAGCAAAUGCAAAAAAUAUUGCACAGAAACAAAUAAAACAUAAAUAUCUCAGAGAAAUCAAAAACCUGUAGGCAACUUCAAUGUAAAAAACCCUCAUGUUUACUGUAAUGUUGACAUUUUCAAAAUAUUGCUGCCAGAUUCCAUUGAAUGGACGCAGGAGAGUGUCAUGAAAAUACUUUUUUACCGGUCAGUUAUAAAUUGUUCCAUAAUGCAUUUUUUUUUAAAUUUAUAAAGUGUUUUAUUAAAUGGUCAUUUAAAUUAUCCUACUAAACGUAUUUGUUAAAAGUGUUAAAUGAUAAAAAAUGUUAUAUAAAGCAUUUAAUGAUCA